AGAGAAUAGAAGAAGGAAGAAGAAGGAAGUAGCGAAGGAAGGGCGUGGACCCGACAGAAAAUGUUCCUCUGCUGACAUAAACAUCGAUUUCCCAUCAGUUCGUAUUGAUCCGUGUUCGAUGGAGCAGCGGAUCCGCGUGUUGGUGCUGCUCGCGGCGCUGAGUUCCGUCGGAACCGCGCAAGAUCUUCUUUACUUCACGGACGGCAGCGAGCGGACCUUCGAGGUGAGGCCUCCCGUCACCGAGCGGAUCGCGUCCAUCGUGUGGAAGUUCAACAGUGAUCUGGUGGCCGAGUGGACCGAUUGGAGUCCUUUGGAGAUUUACUCCGGGUUUAAAACCCGCACGGACCUGAACACGAACACCGGCAUUUUGGUCAUCAAACACAUGACUAAAGACGACGCGGGCGAGUACUCUGUUGAGAUCAACCGCCAGCUCCAGAGCGGGAAAUAUGACAUGAAAUGGAUCCGUAAAGUCAACAAACCGGAAGUGCACCUAAGAACUUUAACGUGUUCGCCUGAUUCUGAUAAAUGCAACGUGACCUGCGACGGAGGCACCGAGGAGGCCAAACCCAUCGAUUACGACUGGAGAAUAGGCUCCGAAGAAUGGCAGAACCCGGGAAAGGACAUCGAGAUCACCAAGACGGAUCAUCGUGAUGUUAAGGACAUCGCCUGCCGGAUGAAGAACCCGGUCAGUGAAGCAGAGAGUGAAGCGAUCCCCAAUCCGUUCCUCCAGGACCACUCGUUGUCUGCAGGUGCAAUUGGGGGGAUCGUCGUACUUGUACUUGUACUUGCACUAAUAGGUGUAAUGGUAGCUCUGGGUUGGUCUUUUAAAUAUAAGAAAUGGCCCUUCAAUGAUCGCGUCUCAUCUGAACCGGAAAAUUCUCUCGGAGUGGCACUCAAAACCACCUCGUCUGAUUAAACUUUGUGAAGCUGUGAAGUGUCUCACAACAUCUGCAUCAACAUCUGUCCUCCAGAGAACUGUGGCUACAAACACGUGCCAACUGAUUGUGGGUGUUUGGCCUCCAGAUGUGUGGCCUCGUGGACUGUUAGUUGAUUUUUAGAUGGAUUUUAAAGCGUUUUUUUUUUGCCAAACGAACAAUGGUAGUUGGAGAAACGUGACCUUAUCUUGAUCUUAUCUUGCCUUUUUUAAAUAUGCCUAUAGUUUGUUGCUGCUUAGGUUUAUAUGCAACACAACACAUAUGAGAUGUAAGCGGGGAAGAUGAACGGAUGAAACAACUUGUGGCGCAGGGGUUAGAGAAGGUGUGCUGGUGUAAGAAUACGUGUUCAAGAUUUGGAGCCUGGUCGGGGUUAUCAAAAAUUCAGCCGAAUGACUUCUCUUGUUCUGGGAAAUUUAUUUGUCAGAUCACAGGUCAAGUAUCAGCACUGCGUUUGCAAAGGCAGGAGCAGUUCAGGCAGCACACAGGCCGGAAGAACAACUAACUAACAUCAGCAAGAACGGCAUUCCUCAGCCAGGACAUAAACUGACUCCCCAUCCUGUCAGACUCGUGUCUGCCUGCUUGGCAGAUCCUGCUUCUUACCUAACUCUUGAAUCAAGACAAGACAGCGAACCCCCAACAAAGCCCAUGAAAAGAACUUUUGAUUAUUACUGGGAAGCACAAGGUUGGUGGUUCAAUUCCAGGCUGCCCCAUGUUCCAUGUCGAAGUGUCCCUGAGCAAGACACCUAACCCCUAAUUGCUCCCCGGGCAAAAUGUGAAAAAGCCAUGGGUUGUCUGCUAAAUGACAUGUAAUGUAACAUUCAGUAUUCAGCUACGUGUCAGCAGGUCACAAUCUUACACCAUCCCAAAAAUAUACUAAUUAUAAAUACGUAUGAGUAUAAAUUACUCUACCAAAGGUACCACAUUAAAUCAAGUUAAAGAUGCCUAAGUGAGGCAUGGGAAAGGGAAGUUUGGGGUGGCCUGCUGGGACUGACCCGACCCUGGAUAAGCCGGCACUGUUUUUUAAAAUGGCAGAAGAAUAUGAUUUGAAUGUACAUGGUUAAACAUGCAUGCUUUUAUGAUAAAGAGAAAAACCAAUGCAGAGUCGAUGUCAGAGCAUUUGAAGCAUAUAUGCAUCGUGAUUAACUGGAUAAGACUCUUUUCUAUUUUUAAGCACCACUUUCUGUCUCAUUAUUUUCUCUGUCUCACUUUUUAAUUUAUUUUAGUUAACAUUUUAAACUUACCGUUUCCAUAUGAAUUGUUUUUAGAAAGUGCUUUGAAAAUAAAACUUUGACUCUGC